CUAUUAGAAAAACCGACUAAACCAUCAAAGAAAAGCAAAACCACCACUUUUCGAAUAACAGUAGAUUCAACGACACCGAAUGGAAUAAUAGUAUAUUAACUACACAACACCAUUCUUGCCAUUGAUUAAGUUUUUGUUAACAUAAAAACAAAAUACAUGUUACUGGAUAAUUGUUUUCUUAUCCACCAAGGCACAGCACAUGGUUUUUUCCACUUUCCAAAACAACCAAACUAAGCACUAUUAAAACCCUUCAUAAACCUCUUCACUUCACAUGAACAAAAACUCAUAAUCACAAAAAAUAUCAAACUCAAUGGAAACUGAAACUGAAACUCCAAACGGCUCAACGCCUUGUCCAACCUCGGCUCCAUCGGCUAUCCCUCUCCGUCCUUCCUCAUGUGACGGCACGAUGGGACGCCACUUAGCUCGGCGGUUGGUUGAGAUCGGCGUCCGCGAUGUCUUCUCUGUUCCCGGAGACUUCAAUUUAACUCUUCUUGACCAUCUGAUCGCUGAGCCGGAGCUUAAUCUUGUCGGCUGCUGUAACGAGCUUAACGCUGGUUAUGCUGCUGACGGUUACGCGCGUGCUAAAGGCGUCGGCGCGUGUGUUGUUACUUUCACCGUUGGUGGACUUAGUAUCCUCAACGCCAUCGCCGGAGCUUACAGUGAGAACCUUCCGGUGAUUUGUAUAGUUGGAGGACCUAAUUCUAAUGACUAUGGUACCAACCGAAUCCUUCAUCACACUAUUGGAUUACCUGAUUUUUCUCAGGAGCUUCAGUGCUUUCAGACGAUCACAUGUUUUCAGGCUGUGGUGAAUAACUUGGAUGAUGCACAUGAACUUAUUGAUACUGCAAUUUCUACUGCUUUGAAAGAAAGCAAGCCUGUUUAUAUAAGCAUAGGUUGUAAUCUUCCUGCAAUUCCUCAUCCAACUUUUGCUAGGGACCCUGUUCCAUUUUUUCUUGCACCAAGGGUAAGCAAUCAAGCAGGGUUAGAAGCUGCGGUGGAAGAAGCCGCUGCUUUUUUGAACAAAGCUGUGAAGCCAGUUAUUGUGGGUGGACCAAAACUAAGGGUUGCAAAAGCACAAAAGGCUUUCAUGGAGUUUGCAGAAGCUAGUGGAUAUCCAAUAGCUGUUAUGCCCUCUGGUAAAGGACUUGUACCAGAAAAUCAUCCACAUUUCAUCGGAACAUACUGGGGUGCUGUUAGUACUAGCUAUUGUGGGGAGAUAGUGGAGUCUGCUGAUGCAUAUGUUUUCGUUGGUCCCAUCUUCAACGACUAUAGCUCCGUUGGUUACUCAUUGUUGAUCAAAAAGGAGAAAUCCUUAAUAGUACAGCCUAAUCGGGUGACCAUUGGCAAUGGUCUUUCAUUGGGAUGGGUUUUCAUGGCUGAUUUCUUAACUGCAUUGGCCAAAAAGGUGAAGACUAACACUACAGCUGUGGAGAAUUACCGUCGUAUCUAUGUUCCUCCAGGCAUUCCUCUUAAGCGAGAGAAAGAUGAACCUCUUAGAGUUAAUGUCCUAUUCAAGCACAUUCAGGCACUAAUUAGUGGAGAUACUGCUGUAAUAGCUGAAACUGGAGAUUCAUGGUUUAACUGUCAGAAGCUUCGUCUUCCUGAGAAUUGCGGUUAUGAAUUCCAGAUGCAGUAUGGAUCAAUCGGUUGGUCAGUAGGUGCUACUCUUGGAUAUGCACAGGCUGCAACAGAUAAGCGUGUCAUUGCGUGCAUAGGCGAUGGAAGUUUUCAGGUGACAGCACAAGAUAUUUCAACAAUGAUCCGUUGUGGACAAAGAAGCAUCAUCUUUCUGAUUAACAACGGAGGUUAUACAAUUGAAGUUGAGAUUCACGAUGGCCCGUAUAAUGUGAUCAAGAAUUGGGACUAUACCGGCUUUGUGAGUGCUAUCCAUAACGGACAAGGGAAAUGCUGGACUGCGAAGGUACGUACAGAGGAAGAUUUGACAGAAGCAAUUGCAACAGCUACUGGAGCAGAGAAAGAUUCACUAUGUUUUAUAGAAGUUUUUGCACAUAAGGAUGAUACCAGCAAAGAGUUGCUAGAAUGGGGAUCUCGUGUUGCUGCUGCUAAUAGUCGUCCUCCUAAUCCCCAAUAGAAAAUCAAUUCAUAAUAUUGUAUACUUUGGUGUACUAGAUUUGUUGUUGAGGACAUGUGUAUGAUAAAUGCUGACAAAAAUGAAAAUAAGUUGGAGUAAAUGCUUGUUGUUGAGCUUUGUUGAAAUCAUGAACUGAUGUACCUCUUUACUCAUAGCAUUGAUGACAUCCUGUUGUAUGUAACACUUGAAUUAUUACUAAUGAAGAUAUAUUAUCUAGAGAUUAAUUAUUA